UAAAAUAUUUUCCAUUUUGUUGGCAGAAAACGAAGAGACAGGGAGAGAGAAAACAAAAACAAGUUUAUUGGCGGAAAAAAAAUAGAGAGAGAAAAUGGAAAGCAGCGCCGUCCUCGCUAGUCUCCAGCCAACUUACCUUAUUUGCCCUUCUCGCUCUUCCUCUUCCUCCGCCGCCGCCGCCACGUUUCUUCCUCAACGAACGCGUUUCUCUCCUCCGCAGUUGCAGAAGCAAAUUUUAGCCUCUGCUUAUUCUCGCAAUGUUAAUGAAGCUAACUAUCCGUUUAAGCGUGCUACUGUGUUAUCCGAUUCUUAUAGCACUGAAGCAUCCGAAUUGGCUGAUAUAGACUGGGACAAUCUUGGAUUUGGGUUUCUUCCUACUGAUUAUAUGUAUAUGAUGAAAUGUACUCAAGGAGGAAACUACUCUAAAGGUGAAUUACAACAAUUUGGGAAAAUUGAAUUAAGCCCCUCAGCUGGGGUCUUAAAUUAUGGACAGGGAUUAUUUGAAGGUCUGAAAGCCUACAGGAAAGAAGAUGGUAAUAUUCUUCUUUUUCGUCCUGAGGAGAAUGCUCUUCGAAUGAGGUUGGGUGCAGAGAGGAUGUGCAUGCCAUCACCCACUGUUGAGCAGUUUGUGGAAGCUGUAAAGGCAACUGUCCUGGCAAACAAACGUUGGGUUCCCCCCCGUGGUAAAGGGUCCUUGUACAUCAGGCCAUUGCUCAUGGGGAGUGGUGCUGUUCUUGGUCUUGCACCUGCUCCUGAGUACACCUUUCUUAUUUAUGUCUCACCUGUGGGAAACUAUUUUAAGGAGGGUGUUGCUCCAAUACAUUUAAUUGUUGAGCAUGAAUUGCAUCGUGCCACUCCUGGCGGCACUGGGGGUGUUAAAACUAUCGGGAAUUAUGCUGCGGUUCUGAAGGCGCAAUCUGCUGCAAAAGCCAAAGGAUACUCUGAUGUCCUCUAUCUUGAUUGUGUUCACAAAAAGUAUUUGGAGGAAGUUUCCUCUUGCAACAUUUUCGUGGUGAAGGGUAAUGUCAUCUCAACUCCUGCAAUAAAGGGAACAAUCUUACCUGGCAUCACAAGAAAGAGUAUAAUUGAUGUUGCUCGAAGCCAAGGGUUCCAGGUUGAGGAGCGCCUUGUGGCAGUGGAGGAAUUGCUUGAUGCUGACGAAGUUUUUUGCACAGGGACAGCGGUAGUUGUGUCACCUGUCGGCAGCGUUACUUACAAGGGUGAAAGGGUGUCUUACGGAGCAGAUGGUUUUGGGGCUGUAUCACAGCAGCUCUACUCCGUGCUUACCAGACUCCAGAUGGGUCUUAUCGAGGACAAGAUGGAUUGGACUGUUGAGUUGAGUUAGGAAUACUUUUGUCACAUCUGGUUUUCCAUGUUUCGACUUCUACAGAGACGUACAUCACUGCCUCAGUUUUAAAAUGUUGUUUCUUUCUCCAAUGUAAUAUCUCGAUAUAGUUUUUGUUCUUAUGUUGGUAAUUAGAAUUUUUAUCGUUUUCUCUCUUGAAUGAUGCAGCAUUACGCAAGGAUAUCGACUUCAUCAAUUUAAUUUUUUCACGACUUCCUUGUCUGUAUUUAAACGUGGUGAGCUAAUUACAAGCUUAUUAUUUCAUGGGCC